AUGGAGCUGCGCUCGGAGCUACCCAGUGUGCCCGGCGCGGCCACAGCUGCGGCGACAGCGACGGGUCCUCCCGUGGCGUCGGUGGCGUCGGUGGCGGCCGCAGCUGCGGCCGCCGCGUCGUUGCCAGUGAGCGUAGCCGGAGGCUUGCUGCGGGCGCCGCCGUUGCUGUUGCGGGCCGCGGAGAAGUACCCGCGGACACCCAAGUGCGCGCGCUGCCGCAACCAUGGCGUGGUGUCGGCGCUCAAGGGCCACAAGCGUUACUGUCGCUGGAAGGACUGCCUGUGUGCCAAGUGCACGCUCAUCGCGGAGCGCCAGCGCGUCAUGGCCGCACAGGUGGCGUUGCGCAGGCAGCAGGCGCAGGAGGAGAACGAGGCGCGCGAGCUGCAACUCCUCUAUGGCACCGCCGAGGGCCUGGCACUGGCUGCUGCCAAUGGCAUCAUCCCACCGCGACCCGCCUACGAAGUGUUUGGCUCGGUGUGCGCCACCGAUAGCGGGGGCCCGGGAGCCGGAGCGCCUGCGGGUACGGGUGGUGGCGGCCCAGGCGCUGGCGGUUCAGAGGCCAAGUUGCAGAAAUUUGACCUGUUUCCCAAGACUCUGCUUCAAGCAGGACACCCGGACAGCCCACCUCCGCUGCCUGUGAAGCCCUUAUCCCCGGAUGGCGCGGACUCUGGUCCUGGGACAUCCUCCCCGGAGGUACGGGCCGGAUCUGGCUCAGAGAACGGCGAUGGCGAGUCCUUUUCGGGGUCGCCCCUGGCCCGAGCCACCAAAGAGGCAGGUAGCGCAGGCACUGGUGGCGGCGGCGAAGAGGACAGCCCGGGCUCCGCUAGCCCACUCGGUUCUGAAUCGGGUUCUGAGGCUGACAAGGAAGAGGCAGAGGCCACGCCGGCUUCAGGGCUGGGGGUAGGCCCGGGCCCCCGACAGCGGACGCCUCUGGACAUCUUGACGCGUGUCUUCCCCGGCCAUAGGAGGGGGGUCCUAGAGUUGGUGUUGCAGGGCUGCGGCGGCGACGUGGUGCAGGCCAUCGAGCAGGUGCUGAACCAUCACCGCGGAGGCCUGGCGGCCGGCCUGGGCCCCACUGCGCCCCUGGAUAAGGCCACGGUGGGUGCAGCGGCUGCGGACGACGCGUGGCCCGGCCGCGUCGAGGCCGCAGCGGGGGGCUCGGGGCUGCCCGCGCCGCUGCAGGCAGGGCCCGCCGCACCCCCGCACCACAGACCCUUGCUGGCCGGCGCUGUGGCCCCGGGUGCCCUGGGCUCGCUGAGCAGUCGCUCGGCCUUCUCGCCGCUGCAGCCCAACGCCAGUCACUUCGGCGCCGAGGCGGGCGCCUACCCGCUGGGAGCGCCCCUGGGCCUCAGCCCGCUGCGCCUGGCCUACUCCGCCGCUGCGGCGCACAGCCGCGGCCUGGCCUUCAUGGCGCCCUACUCCACCGCGGGGCUGGUGCCCACGCUGGGCUUCCGCCCGCCCAUGGACUACGCCUUCAGCGAUCUCAUGCGUGACCGCUCCGCCGCUGCGGCCGCGGCCGUGCACAAGGAGCCCACCUACGGAAGUGGGCUGUAUGGGCCCAUGGUCAAUGGCACCCCUGAAAAGCAGUAGGGCCCAACGCUCACCAGCCAGGCGGCCCCCAAACCUUAACCCCAGCCUGGUCGCUUCCUCUCUCCCCGAGCUCGCAGCGCCCUAGCGAGAUCUUCCUGGGCCCGGAGGUGGCAGGGGGGAUUGUUUUGGAGGGUGAAUAGGAGGGCUGAGCUAGUAGGAGCACCCCCACAC